CAAGCUCCACAGCUAAGAAUCUCUCGUCUGCAGAUGCCAUUGAGCUGCAAAUCCUGAAUAUGGUACUGCUGGAAGGAACUUUUCUGGGAUAUUGUCAGUUCAAUUUAUUUCCAAUCCUUAGUUUCUCCCCCCCCCCCCCCCAACCCUCCCACUUGUGAGGGGUAACAUACCUGUUUCUUCUUUGCCCACCCUUUUGCACUUUUAAUCAGUUAAAUUUCUUAUAUUUCAAAUUCAUUAAUAAAAUUACAGUAAUACUGCACAUUCAAUAACUAGUCCCUUGAAGAAAGAAGAGUAAGAAGAUCAUCAAAAGGAAAAAAUCCUAUUUGACAUUUGGCCUCCAAAACUCCAUUUUGUCCUCCCUGCUUCUAUAUGCCCCUUUCCUUGCAAACAUGAAAUUCAUGGAUCAAGCAAAUUCAAUGUGUAAUUUAACCCUGAAAAUGAUUCUAAUGGGGAGAUUCAAAGUUUUGAUGGUGUUGGUGGGCUUGAGUAUUUGCAUGCUGACUGUGGAAGCAUCCCAAGAGGCACCAUGGAGGAUCCACACCCUGUUUUCAGUGGAAUGCCAGGAUUACUUUGAUUGGCAGACAGUGGGUCUUGUCCACAGCUUCAAGAAGGCACAUCAGCCUGGUCCCCUUACGAGGCUCCUGAGUUGUACGGAUGAGGAGAAGAAACGAUAUAGGGGAAUGAACCUUGCUCCUACUUUCGAGGUGCCAUCCAUGAGUAAACACCCCAAGACUGGAGAUUGGUACCCUGCUAUUAAUAAGCCAGCGGGAAUUGUCCAUUGGCUUAAACACAGUAAAGAUGCAGAGAAUGUUGAUUGGGUUGUGAUUUUGGAUGCGGACAUGAUCAUCCGAGGCCCGAUCAUACCAUGGGAACUUGGCGCCGAGAAAGGCAAGCCUGUUGCUGCAUACUAUGGAUACUUGGUUGGAUGUGAUAAUAUUCUGGCUCAAUUGCACACAAAGAAACCGGAACUUUGCGACAAAGUUGGGGGCCUUUUAGCCAUGCAUAUUGAUGACCUUAGAGCCUUGGCACCUAUGUGGCUCUUGAAGACCGAAGAAGUACGGGAGGAUAGGGCCCACUGGGCAACCAACAUAACUGGUGACAUUUAUGGCAAGGGGUGGAUCAGUGAAAUGUAUGGGUACUCAUUUGGUGCUGCAGAAGUGGGCCUUCGACAUAAGAUUAAUGAUGACUUGAUGAUCUACCCGGGUUAUACCCCACGUGUGGGUGUUGAACCAAUUCUUUUGCAUUAUGGAUUGCCAUUUACGGUUGGAAAUUGGUCUUUCAGCAAAUUAGAUCACCAUGAAGAUGGCAUUGUUUACGACUGUAGCCGUCUCUUCCCUGAGCCUCCUUAUCCUAGAGAGGUUCAAGUAAUGGAACCUAAUCCCAUCACAAGGCGAGCCUUAUUUUUGAGCAUAGAAUGUAUCAACACUUUAAAUGAGGGUCUCCUAUUACACCAUGCAUCAAGUGGGUGCUCUAAACCAAAGUGGUCGAGAUACUUGAGCUUUCUAAAGAGCAAGACUUUUGCUGAACUAACUCGGCCAAAGUAUUUUACUCAUGACCAUAUGCAAAGUGAGAAAGAUGAGGCACAAAGGCAGGUCCUUGAAGGAUCAGAAAGGACAUAUCCAAAAAUUCAUACCAUUUUCUCCACCGAGUGUACUCCUUAUUUCGAUUGGCAAACUGUAGGACUCAUGCACAGUUUACAUUUGAGUGGCCAGCCUGGGAAUAUCACACGGCUUUUAAGCUGUACAGAGGAAGACUUAAAGCAAUACACAGGACAUGAUCUAGCUCCAACACAUUAUGUUCCAUCCAUGAACCGGCAUCCGUUAACUGGUGACUGGUACCCAGCAAUCAACAAACCAGCAGCUGUCCUCCAUUGGCUUAAUCAUGCAAAGAUAGAUGCAGAGUUCAUAGUCAUUUUGGAUGCAGACAUGAUAAUGAAGGGCCCCAUUACACCUUGGGAAUUUAAAGCUGCACUGGGCCGUCCAGUUUCAACCCCCUAUGAGUAUCUAAUUGGUUGUGACAAUGAGCUUGCAAAGCUGCAUACUCGGAAUCCCAAUGCUUGUGACAAGGUUGGUGGUGUAAUUAUCAUGCAUAUAGAUGAUUUGCGUGUGUUUGCCCUUCUGUGGCUGCAUAAGACUGAAGAGGUCCGUGCUGACAAAGCUCAUUAUGGGAAAAACAUCACGGGGGAUAUUUAUGAAGCUGGGUGGAUUAGUGAGAUGUAUGGUUACUCCUUUGGUGCUGCUGAGUUGAAUCUGAGACAUCUCAUAAGCAGUGAGAUAAUGAUAUAUCCGGGGUAUGUUCCUGAACCUGGGGUGAAGUAUAGAGUCUUCCACUAUGGAUUGGAAUUUAGUGUUGGUAACUGGAGCUUUGAUAAGGCGAACUGGAGGAAUGUUGACUUGGUCAACAAGUGUUGGGCUAAGUUCCCAGACCCACCUGAUCCUGCAUCACUUGAUUCAACAGAUGAGAACAUCUUACAGCGGGACCUGCUGAGCAUUGAAUGUGCAAGGACACUGAAUGAAGCUCUCCGUUUGCAUCACCAAAGGAGGAAUUGUUCCACUUCAAUUACCAAAACCAGCACAAAAUUGGAGGCUACAAAGGAAACCAUGUUGCCAAGGAAAGUUAGGAUGUCAGUUGAAAGCUUGAACGAAGUUGGUAGUUCAAGAGUGCCUUCGGAUCCUAUUGUGGUUGAUCAGACCUUUAGUUCUUUUAGAGUCUGGAUGGUUGUUCUGUGGGCUUUCUCCAUGUUGGUGUUCUUAGCAAUCAUGUCUCUGGUUCUCUCAGGUAGAAGAGGGGAAGGAGCAAGGUAUAAAGGUCACAGAAACAAGAGGAGCAUGUUAUUCUGGAUCCUUGGAUUCAAAUGGGUAUGAUAGGCACAUCUUUAAUGCCAAAAUGGCUUCAAACCUUAAAAUCCAGAGUGGGUAAAGGGGAACAAAUUCGAUGUUCAGUUAACUGGUGGGAUAUUAGUUCUGGAAGAGAAACUGCCCUUCUGGGAAAGAAGAGGGGAGGAAGCUCAAGAAGUCUUCUAAUGGAACACAUAUGAUGGUGACACGAGAUGUUUCUUCUAUGAUACUCUUGCCGAUGAUCUUGGAUAAUGAACUGCCUAACUGAUUCAAAAUUCAGUUUUGGGAAUGUAUAAUGUUAAUUUGAGGUUAAUUGAAAGGUUAAUUCAAGGUUAGUACAUUUGUGAUUGGUUAUCUGGAUAUGUAUGCUUUAGCUGAACAUCAUGAGUGUUGCAUCAUUUACACUCUGGUAAGAUGCAAUUUAGUGGUAUGUAAUUGUACACACUUAAAUUACACAUUACACAUUUG